AUGACGCCCCCGUCUGCGGCGACAACGACUGCAUCCUUGACCUCCCUGGGGCGGAGGAAGUGGCCUCAAGCGGUACAGCUACUGCAAGGGAUCCGGCAGGAAGCUUUGGAAGUCAACGUGGUCCACUGCAACGCAGCCAUCAACAGCUGCAUCCUUUGCUGGUUGCAGGCCGCAGAACUGCUGGGCACCUGGUGUUCUCGCGGGCAACGGAUGGAUGUCAUCAGCUGCAACACGAUGACCACGGCACUGGAGAAGGGGUCCUUAUGGCAGGCCGCCUGGAAGCUGCUGAGCCAGGUUCCAGUGGUUACCCUGCAGCCCGACGCGGCUGGCUACAACUCCGCCAGUGCUGCGGUGGGAAUGGUGCGGCGCUGGGAGGGCAGCGUGGAGCUUCUGGGGCACAUGCAGCAGGGAAGAGUUGAAAGCACCGUCAUCAGCCAUGCAGCUGUCCUCAGUGCCUGUGAAGAUUGUUGGACCAUAGCUUUGGACUCCUUGCAGCUUAUGAGAAAUAGGUUCAUCUCUCCCAACUUGAUCCACUACAAUUCCAUCACCAGCACUUCGGGUAGCUCCAGCAGUUGGCAGAUCACACUCCAACUAUUGGCCUCCACGCGCUCGGGCCCCGACACCAUCGGCUUCAAUGCGGGCAUCAGCGGCGUUGCGAUUGCGGCCGCGUGGCGACAGGUGGCCGAACUCCUAACAGUGAUGAAGGGAUGUGGCAUUCAACAGGACGUGAUCUCCUUCAACGCGGCCAUCACUGCGGAGGACCCCUUGGCGCCGUGGCGGAGAGCCGCGGAGCUGCUGCGCAGGCUCAGGGCCUGCGGUUUGCGCUGCACCUUGGUGUCCUUGAACUCGGCUUUGAGCUGCGGCAACGCCUGGCUUCAGGCCAUGAGUCACCUCUCAGGUAUGUUGAGCUCAAAGCUCUUGGUGGAUAGCAUCAGCUUCAAUUCGGCCAUGUCUGCAGCAAGCAACCACGAUGGCAUCUCCCAGCCCUGGCGGGUGGCCAUGAGCCUUUUCAAGGACUUCCAGUCCUCCAAGUUACGCUGCUCCGUGGUGACAUUUGGUGCCGCGCUGAGUGGUGAACUAAUGGAAACGCCAAUGCCAGAUGCGUGGCCCCAGGGCCUAUGGUUGUUGCGCGCUAUGACCUGGCAACUGCUGAGACCCAGCAUGGAGGCUCAGAACAGUGUCAUGUCGGUGCUGGCCAAUCUGGGCCUAUGGCGCCAUGUCAUUGAGAUUCUAUUCCCAGAGACCUUCGCUGGCGCCGCGCUCCCUGCGCUCCGCGGCUUCGGGGCAGCGAUGGAGGCCUUCGGCAAGGCAUUGCGCUGGCGGCGAGGGAUGGAGCUGGUGGGGCAGAUGAGGCUGGUGCAGGUCCUGCCCAACAGCGUGACCUUCCACGGCCUUGUGGCGUGUUGCCAGAAGCGCCUGAAAUGGCACCAGGUGUUGCAGCUUCGGGCCGCCAUGGAGCAAGGUGACAUCGAUUUGAAUCAGAUCGUGGUGAAUGCAAUGAUUGCUGCAAGUGAGCAGGGAAAUCUCUGUGCAGAUGCACCAAUUGGUGGCUCCGGUGAAAGAGAUUCGCAACGCGACCAUGAGACCAUGCCAUUUAGUGUGUGGACUAUACCAAUCUGA